CCUCCUCACUGAGGGCUGCACAGCUGGCAAUUUACAGACAAUAACGCCGUCAGGAGUAAAUUGGCUGCUCGGUGGACCACUGGCCCGCAGAUCAGACCUGUGUGUGACGGAGGACAUGAAUUAACACAAGUUCUGGGAUAUUAAUUGAAUCCUUUUUGUCUGCGGGGGACUCAGUUUGGAUCAGCUCCCCCUCCUGCGGCUCCCCACUCUCCACUGGAACCGUUAUAACCUCCUCAUACUGCAAACAUAAGCUGACAUCAUGGAGAAGUCAAGACGCAGGCAUCAGUUUGCAUUCAGCCUUCUGUUUGGGUUCUGGUUAACUUGCUGUCUGGCCCAGACGACACCGUCAAGCAGAGCCACGCCGACUCCCACAUCGGCACCCACGCCGGCACCCACACCGUCCCCGUCCCCGUCCCCCAAGCCACUGACCGAUCGGCUAAAGGUCAGACUGGCUGGAUACCCUCGAAAACACAACGAGGGUCGGGUCGAACUUUUCUACAAGGGAGAGUGGGGAACCAUCUGUGACGACGACUUCUCGAUAACCAACGCCAACGUGCUCUGUCGCCAACUGGGCUUCGUCUCAGCCACGGGGUGGACGCACAGCGCCAAAUAUGGCAAGGGCCAAGGGAAAAUCUGGCUGGACAACGUGAUGUGUGGCGGAGGCGAGAAGAGCAUUGAAUUCUGCAAGUCCCGCGGCUGGGGCAACAGCGACUGCACCCACGACGAGGACGCCGGCGUCGUGUGCAAAGACGAGAGGAUCCCCGGCUUUGUGGACCCAAAUGUUAUCGACGCUCACGUCGAUGAAAACAAGGUAGAGGAGGUGCGUCUCCGGCCCGUGGUCGCCGUGGCCAAGAAGAGGCUGCCCAUCUCGGAGGGCGUCGUGGAGGUGAAAUACAAAGACGGCUGGGCGCAGAUCUGCGACGUGGGAUGGUCCAUCAAAAACACACGCGUGGUCUGCGGCAUGCUGGGAUUCCCCCAUGAGAGGAAAGUCAACAAGAACUUCUACAAACGUCUGAAAAAGCGAGCGGCUGAGAAGGUCUCCAGGCCAAAGGUUAAUGUCUCAGCCGGUGGAAGGCCGACUUCCAAAGCUAAAGCUAACUCUAAGUCUAAACAGAGCAGCCCUGGCAAAAGAUUAUAUUUGGAGCGUCAGAAGAACCACUUCCACAUUCACUCUGUGGCGUGUUUGGGCACAGAGGUCCACCUGGCAGCCUGCCCCCUGGAGUUCAACAAGCCAAACGCCACAUCCACCUGCGAUGGCGGCAUGGCGGCCGUCGUCAGCUGCAUGCCGGGGCCGCUCUUCAUGCAGAACAGUGGCCUGAAGAAGAAACUUAAAACUUCGAGAAACGUGAGGCUGAAGGGAGGUGCCAAGCUGGGCGAGGGCCGGGUGGAGGUGCUGAAAGACAACGAGUGGGGGACGGUGUGCGACGACCGCUGGAACCUGCAGUCGGCCAGCGUUGUCUGCAGGGAGCUCGGCUUCGGCAGCGCCAAGGAGGCUCUCACCGGGGCCCGCAUGGGCCAAGGAAUGGGUCCGAUCUACAUGAACGAGGUGAAGUGCGUCGGCCAGGAGAAGUCCAUCUGGAACUGCCCCUUUAAAAACAUCACCUCAGAGGACUGUCAGCACAUGGAGGACGCCGCCGUGCGCUGCAAUGUGCCCUACAUGGGCUUCGAGAACUCGAUCCGACUCACCGGAGGACGGACCCGUUACGAGGGCCGCGUGGAGGUGCUGGGCUCAGACUCUAACGGGACGCAGAGCUGGGGUCUGAUCUGUGGAGAGAGCUGGAGCCCCAAGGAGGCCAUGGUGGCCUGCAGGCAGCUGGGCCUGGGCUACGCUAACCAGGGCCUGCAAGAAACGUGGUACUGGGACAGCAGUAAUGUGACGGAGAUGGUGAUGAGCGGCGUGAAGUGCACGGGGACCGAGAUGUCUCUGAGCCAGUGCCAACAUCACAAAACGGUCAGCUGCCAGAAGUCGGCUGCAAAGUUUUCAGCCGGAGUCAUCUGCUCCGACACGGCCUCUGACCUGGUCCUGAACGCCCCUCUGGUCCAGCAGACGGUUUACAUCGAGGAUCGUCCCCUGCACAUGCUCUACUGUGCUGCAGAGGAGGACUGUCUGUCCAAAUCUGCAGCCAAGGCCAACUGGCCCUACGGACACCGCCGGCUGCUCCGCUUCUCCUCCCAGAUCCACAACAUCGGCCGGGCCGACUUCAAGCCGAAGGCCGGGAGGCACUCGUGGGUUUGGCACGCCUGUCACGGUCACUACCACAGCAUGGACAUCUUCACCCACUACGAUCUUCUGAACGCCAACGGGACCAAAGUGGCCGAGGGACACAAAGCCAGUUUCUGUCUGGAGGACACAGACUGUCAGGAGGGUGUUUCUAAGCGGUACGAGUGUGCCAACUUUGGUGAUCAGGGCAUCACUGUGGGCUGCUGGGAUUUGUACCGUCACGACAUCGACUGCCAGUGGAUCGACAUCACUGACGUCAGACCUGGAAACUACAUCCUGCAGAUCGUGAUCAAUCCAAAUCAGGAGGUGGCCGAGAGCGACUUCACCAACAACGGCAUGAAAUGCAACUGCAAAUAUGACGGACAUCGAAUCUGGCUCCAUAACUGCCACAUCGGUGAUGCAUUCAGUGAGGAGGCAGAGAGAAGAUUUGACAAAUACCCCGGGCAGCUGAAUAACCAAGUUUCUUAAUAAACAAUCAUUUUUUUAUCAACAAUAUGAGACCCACUGUGAGGGUUUAAUGAGUAAAAACACCUCGUUUGCUCAAAAAGAAAGACACAAACCUUUGUCAUUGAAGAAGCCAGCAGUAUUUUCUCCUCCGGUGAAUGUGUUGUACGUCUGAGUUAUUAUACUUGAAUAUUCAAGUGUUUUUUUUUAAAGCUUCUUUUCUCAGUCUAAUGUGAGCUAAUGCUAUAUUUUUAUCACAAAAUAGGAUUUUAUGAAGUCAGUCUGUGUAUGACGAAAUGUACAGCCUUCUAUUGAAUGUUUAUAUUCCGAGUUAUGAAUGAGGUUUUAUUUUGUUUUCUUAUUUUUUUAUAACCAGGUUUUGUUUGUACUUGGAGCGGGCUGGUUCAGAACUACCUGAGGUGUUAGCGUUAGCUGUUAGCGGCAGCAGAACAGGAACAAGUGCAGCUCUGUGAGAGUCUUACAGGUCUGGAGUGCAACUUCAUACUGGGUUUAAAAGUAACUAGUAACUAAAGCUGCCAGUUUAAAGUGUAGUUGAGUCACUGCGAUGUGGUGGAGAGGAAGUAUCAGGCUGCAUAAAGUAGCACAACUCGAGUAAAAUACAAGUACCUCACAUUUGUACUUGAGUAAGCGUACUUAGUUUCAUUCCAUCUCUGGGAAUUACUGAUAAAUGAGAUAAGAAAGUCCUGUUUCCAAAAAACCUGCCGGUGCCUCAGAACACAGCGCACUUGAUGAGUUUUAUUUUGAAGGGUCCACGUGUUGCACAAGAGAAAAAGAAGGUUUUCACAUCACUUCCUGUUCAGUUUUCUGCCAUCUUUGUUCACACCUGCCUCCACAGUUCCAUUUUGUGAAUGUAUUUAUUACUACUAUCAAGGUGCUCAAGAACAACACGUGUUCCUUAUUAGCAUUACGGUCAGUUUGAAGCCAUCGUUAGCUUUAGUCCGUGUGUAUUAUUAAUAGCCGUUUAGAGUCAGAACAUAGAUGUUAUUGGGCAGAGACAAAAAAAAUACUACAAUUACACCCACGAAUCGCUGUCUGUACGCUGAUGUAAUCACACCUGCUACACACAAUAAAAAAAAGGAUUGGAAUAAUAAAUAA